UUGAACCCGUGCGGGUGGUUUGUUUUUGUUGAAAAGAAAACUUCGUAAAUCGAAUCGAGUCGAAUCGCCGUAAAAUCGUAGUAAGAUGACUCGCCACGCUAGAAAUUGUACCGCCGGAGCCGUUUAUACGUAUCACGAGAAGAAGAAGGACGCCGCAAACUCCGGCUUUGGUACCACAUCCCGGCGCAUCGGCAAGGAUUCGGUGAAGAGCUUCGACUGCUGCUCGCUGUCCCUACAGCCGUGCCGGAAUCCUGUUAUCACCAAAGAUGGUUAUCUGUUCGACAAGGAAUCCAUCCUGACGUACAUCAUAUCGAAAAAGAACGAGUACAACCGCAAGAUGAAGGAGUACGAGAAGCAGGUGAAGGCGGACGAAGAGGAACAAGCGGCCGAGGCCAACGCAGAGCAGCAGAAGAAGCUGGACAAGUUCAUUUCCACUGAGAAAAACAUCGUCACCAACAAGGCUACCGUCGGUGCGGCGGCAGAACAACAGCCAAGCACCAGCGGAGCGAUCUCGAACGUGUCGCUCGGUAAGCGGAAGGAGCUACCCAGCUUCUGGGUACCUUCGGAGACACCGUCCGCCAAGGUGGCACGGAUAGAGAAACCAGACAGCAAGAUCUACUGCCCGGUAUCGGGCAAACCGCUGAAGGCUAAGGAUCUGAUUAGCGUCAAGUUUACUCUGGUGAAGGAUCCCUCGGACAAGAAAUCGUUGAUAGCCAAGGAAAACCGGUACAUGUGCGCGGUAACGCACGAUAUUCUCAGCAAUGCCGUCCCUUGUGCAGUUCUUAAGCCCACUGGAGACGUCGUCACGAUCGAGUGCAUCGAAAAGAUCAUCAAAAAGGACAUGAUUCACCCGCUAACGAACGAAAAGCUCUCGGAAUCAGAUAUCAUACCACUUCAAAGGGGUGGAACCGGCUUUGCGACGACAAACGAACAGUUAGAGGCUAAGGAGCAGAAACCAUGUCUACAAGUUUAAGUUAAACUUUUAUCUUUAAACAAAUGUAUUAAUAAAGACAAACCAUUUUAUCUUGAAUUGAAAUAUAAACCUACUC